CAGCUGAAGCACACCAUGAGAGGAGCCCCGAGAUGCGCGCUCCUGCUCCUCCUGGCAACGCUCCUCCCCGCGGCGUUGGCGCAGGGCGGAGGUAGCAACUCGACCGCGCCCGCGCCCUCCUCCGCCAGCACCCCCUUCGUGCCGCGCGACGACAUCCUGCUCGACUGCGGCGCGACGGGCACGGGCAACGACACGGACGGGCGGCGCUGGGACGGCGACGCGGGGUCCAAGUACGCGCCGGGGAACCUCGGCGCCGCCACCGCGGCGGCGCAGGACCCCUCGGUCCCGCAGACGCCCUACCUCACCGCGCGCGUCUCCUCCGCCCCCUUCACCUACUCCUUCCCGCUCGGCCCGGGCCGCAAGUUCCUCCGCCUCCACUUCUACCCAACCAACUACUCCUCCCUCAACGCCGCCGACGCGCGCUUCUCCGUCACCAUCCCCUCCGCGAAACUCACCCUGCUCUCCAACUUCAGCGCCUACCAGACCGCCACGGCGCUCAACUUCGCCUACCUCGUCCGCGAGUUCUCCGUCAACAUCACCGGCCCCACCCUCGACCUCACCUUCACCCCGGACAAGACCUCCCACCCGAACGCCUACGCGUUCAUCAACGGCAUCGAGGUGGUCUCCUCCCCGGACCUCUUCACCAUCUCCACCCCCGAGCUCGUCACGGGGGACGGCAACAACCAGCCCUUCCCGCUCGACUCCACCACCUCGCUGCAGACCAUGUACCGCCUCAACGUCGGCGGCCAGGCCAUCUCCCCCUCCAGGGACUCGGGCGGGUACCGCUCCUGGGACGACGACACGCCCUACAUCUACGGGGCCGGCGCCGGCGUCUCCUACCAGAACGACGACAACGUCACCAUCUCCUACCCCGACGCCGUGCCGCUGUACACGGCGCCCACCGACGUCUACGCCACCGCGCGGUCCAUGGGGCCCGACCCCAACGUCAACCUCGCCUACAACCUCACCUGGAUCAUGCAGGUGGACGCCGGGUUCAUGUACCUCGUCAGGCUCCACUUCUGCGAGAUCCAGUACCCCAUCACCAAGCCCAACCAGCGGGUCUUCGACAUCUUCAUCAACAACCAGACCGCCAUGCAGGGCGCCGAUGUCAUCCAGUGGGCGAGCCCCAAUGGGAUUGGCAGCCCCGUGUACAAGGACUACGUGGUCAACACUUUCGGCUCCGGGCCUGUGGAUUUCUGGGUGGCGCUCCAUCCGGAUCAGACCAACAAGCCGCAGUUCUACAAUGCCAUUCUCAAUGGGUUGGAGCUGUUCAAGCUGCAGCUUGCCAACGGGAGCCUCGUGGGGCUCAACCCUGUCCCGGUUGUCGAGCCGUUGAUGGGUGCCGGACCAGCCAAGAAGAAGUCGCUGGUCGGGCCUGUUGUCGGCGGAGUGCUUGCAGCUUUGGCCGUGCUUGCGCUUGGGUAUUGCUGCUUCAUCUGCAAGCGCCGGAGGAAGGCGGCCAAGGCUGCUGGCAUGAGUGAUGGGCAUUCUGGCUGGCUGCCGCUGUCGCUGUAUGGCAACUCGCACACUUCAAGCUCGGCCAAGUCGCACGCCACGGGGAGCUACGCUUCAUCCUUGCCAUCCAACCUGUGCCGCCAUUUCUCUUUCGCGGAGAUCAAGGCUGCGACGAAGAACUUUGAUGAGUCGCGGAUCCUUGGUGUCGGUGGGUUCGGCAAGGUUUACAAUGGGGAGAUUGAUGGGGGCACGACCAAGGUGGCUAUCAAGCGUGGCAACCCCUUGUCUGAGCAGGGUAUACAUGAGUUCCAGACUGAGAUUGAGAUGCUGUCGAAGCUCCGCCACCGUCAUCUCGUGUCGCUCAUUGGGUACUGCGAGGAGAAGAAUGAGAUGAUCCUCGUCUACGACUACAUGGCUCAUGGAACUCUGCGCGAGCACCUCUACAAGACCCAGAAUGCACCGCUCAGCUGGAGGCAGCGUUUGGAGAUCUGCAUUGGCGCUGCUCGCGGGCUUCACUACCUGCACACCGGCGCAAAGCACACCAUUAUCCACCGUGAUGUGAAGACGACCAACAUCCUCCUGGAUGAGAAGUGGGUCGCCAAGGUUUCAGAUUUCGGUCUGUCCAAGACCGGGCCAUCAAUGGAUCACACACAUGUGAGCACAGUUGUCAAGGGCAGUUUCGGUUACCUGGAUCCUGAGUACUUCCGCAGGCAGCAGCUCACCGAGAAAUCUGAUGUCUAUUCGUUUGGUGUUGUGCUGUUCGAGGUCCUCUGUGCUCGGCCUGCUUUGAACCCCACUCUUGCAAAGGAAGAAGUUAGCUUGGCAGAAUGGGCGCUGCACUGCCAGAAGAAGGGGAUCCUCGAUCAGAUUGUUGAUCCCUACCUAAAGGGCAAAAUUGUCCCACAGUGCUUCAAGAAGUUUGCCGAGACAGCCGAGAAGUGUGUCGCUGAUAAUGGCAUCGAGCGGCCUUCGAUGGGAGAUGUGCUCUGGAACUUGGAGUUUGCCCUUCAGAUGCAGGAAAGCGCAGAGGAGAGCGGAAGCAUUGGCUGUGGGAUGUCAGAUGAGGGCACUCCCCUUGUGAUGGUCGGAAAGAAGGAUCCCAACGAUCCAUCGAUCGAUUCAAGCACCACUACAACCACAACCACCUCCAUAAGCAUGGGUGACCAAAGCGUUGCGAGCAUCGACUCUGACGGGCUGACGCCUAGCGCCGUCUUCUCCCAGAUCAUGAACCCCAAGGGCCGGUGAGGUAAAAACUGGAUCAUCUUGUCAUCCUCGGAGCCUAAUUUAUUCAUUCAGCAUAUUUCCACGAGCUUGUGCUCUUGCUGCCUCGCAAGUUAUGUUUCGGAAGUCAGAGAAUUGUUUCAUAUUAGAUAUUUCUGUCUUGCCUUGGUUUUUAUUUUUCUCUCCAGCGUUGUAAUGACUUUAUAUGCUUAUUGGCUUGUAUUGUACCACCACUGCUACGUGCUAUUGACCCAACACGUAAAACUGUAUGAGAAAGUGAUGUGCACGACCUA